CAAGGGGGAGCUCGAACGUCUCCCUCACACACGGCAGCGGCGGUUCCUUUGUCCCCCCCAGAAAGAGACCCCGGGCCGCCCGCCCGCCCGCCCGCUCGCUCGCUUCCCCGGCGGGGAUGGACCCCGCGAGCGGCUCCUCCCGGGACGGGCACGCACUGGAUUAAAAACUGGUAAUCCUGAGACCUCAAUCCCUCCAUCAUCACCACAUGGACUCUGGGCUGUGAGAUAUUAGAGACCUCAAUGUCCACAGGAUACUGGUUUGAGCAAUUCCAUUGAAGAUGUCCACUCCAGAUCCUCCAAUGGGAGGAACUCCUCGCCCAGGUCCUUCUCCUGGACCCGGCCCAUCACCUGGUGCAAUGUUGGGCCCCAGUCCUGGACCCUCGCCUGGCUCUGCACAUAGUAUGAUGGGACCCAGCCCUGGACCACCUUCAUCAGGACACGCUAUACCACCUCAGGGGUCUGGGGGCUAUGCUCAGGACAACAUGCAUCAGAUGCACAAGCCAAUGGAUUCCAUGCAUGAGAAGGGAAUAUCUGAUGAUCCUCGGUACGGCCAGAUGAAGGGGAUGGGAAUGAGGCCAGGUGGGCACACGGGAAUGGGUCCUCCUCCAAGCCCAAUGGAUCAGCAUUCUCAAGGUUACCCUUCUCCGCUUGGCGGUUCUGAGCAUGCCUCAAGCCCAGUUCCAGCUAACGGUCCGUCCUCUGGCUCUCAAAUGUCCUCUGGUCCUGGAGGAGUCCCGUUAGAUGGUACUGACCCACAAGCAUUAGGACAACAGAAUCGGGGCCCAACCCCUUUUAACCAGAACCAGCUGCAUCAGUUAAGAGCUCAGAUCAUGGCCUAUAAGAUGCUUGCCAGAGGGCAGCCGUUACCUGACCAUCUUCAGAUGGCAGUGCAGGGAAAGAGACCAAUGCCCGGAAUGCAGCAGCAAAUGCCGACGCUACCUCCACCCUCUGUAUCUGGGACAGGACCAGUGCAAGGAGCAGGGCCUGGGCCUGGACCAGGACCAACACCUCCAAAUUACAACAGACCUCAUGGUAUAGGAGGGCCUAACAUGCCUCCUCCUGGACCCUCAGGAGUUCCCCCAGGAAUGCCUGGGCAGCCCCCUGGUGCACCCCCAAAGCCCUGGCCUGAAGGACCAAUGGCAAAUGCUGCUGCCCCCACUAGCACACCUCAGAAACUGAUUCCUCCUCAGCCAACUGGCCGUCCUUCACCAGCACCCCCGGCGGUACCUCCUGCAGCAUCUCCUGUAAUGCCACCCCAAACUCAGUCACCCGGGCAGCCAGCCCAGCCUGCCCCCAUGGUGCAGCUCCAUCAGAAGCAGAAUCGUAUCACACCGAUCCAGAAGCCAAGAGGACUUGACCCAGUGGAAAUCCUUCAGGAGAGGGAAUACAGAUUGCAGGCUCGCAUUGCUCACAGAAUUCAAGAACUAGAAAACCUGCCCGGGUCCUUGGCUGGUGACCUGAGAACCAAAGCUACCAUUGAACUUAAAGCACUAAGACUGCUUAACUUCCAGAGACAGCUGCGCCAGGAAGUCGUGGUGUGCAUGAGACGAGACACGGCCCUGGAAACGGCGCUGAAUGCCAAGGCAUACAAACGCAGCAAGCGGCAGUCCCUGCGCGAGGCUCGCAUCACAGAGAAACUGGAGAAACAACAGAAGAUCGAGCAAGAACGGAAACGCAGACAAAAGCACCAGGAAUACCUCAAUAGCAUUCUCCAGCAUGCCAAGGAUUUCAAAGAAUACCAUCGAUCUGUCACGGGCAAAAUUCAGAAGCUUACGAAAGCUGUGGCUACUUACCAUGCUAACACUGAGCGUGAGCAGAAGAAAGAGAAUGAGAGGAUUGAGAAAGAGCGAAUGCGCAGGUUGAUGGCUGAGGAUGAAGAAGGGUACCGUAAGCUUAUUGACCAGAAGAAAGACAAGCGCUUGGCGUACCUACUCCAGCAGACAGACGAGUACGUGGCCAACCUGACCGAGCUGGUGCGACAACACAAGGCCGCACAGGUGGCAAAGGAGAAGAAGAAGAAGAAGAAGAAGAAGAAGGCAGAGAAUGCAGAAGGGCAAACUCCUGCAAUUGGACCAGAUGGCGAACCUCUGGAUGAGACCAGCCAAAUGAGUGAUCUCCCUGUGAAAGUGAUCCAUGUGGAAAGCGGUAAAAUCCUUACCGGCACAGACGCUCCAAAAGCUGGACAGCUGGACACCUGGUUGGAAAUGAACCCAGGAUAUGAAGUAGCUCCCAGAUCUGACAGUGAAGAAAGUGGAUCGGAGGAGGAGGAAGAGGAGGAGGAAGAGGAACAGCCACAACCUGCUCAGCCUGCCCUGCCUGUGGAGGAAAAGAAGAAGAUCCCAGAUCCAGACAGUGACGAUGUGUCAGAAGUCGAUGCCAGGCACAUUAUUGAAAAUGCUAAGCAAGAUGUUGAUGAUGAGUAUGGGGUCUCCCAAGCUCUGGCGAGGGGAUUGCAAUCUUACUACGCUGUGGCCCACGCGGUCACUGAACGAGUGGACAAACAGUCUACGCUCAUGGUCAAUGGCGUCCUCAAACAAUACCAGAUUAAAGGUUUGGAGUGGCUCGUCUCUUUGUACAAUAAUAAUCUGAAUGGUAUCCUGGCGGAUGAGAUGGGUCUGGGCAAAACUAUCCAGACCAUCGCUUUAAUCACAUACCUCAUGGAGCACAAGCGUAUCAAUGGACCCUUCCUCAUUAUCGUGCCUCUCUCAACAUUGUCAAACUGGGCAUAUGAAUUUGACAAAUGGGCUCCUUCUGUGGUGAAGGUCUCCUACAAGGGCUCUCCAGCAGCAAGACGGGCAUUUGUACCUCAGCUUCGAAGUGGGAAGUUUAAUGUCUUGCUUACAACCUACGAGUACAUCAUCAAAGAUAAGCACAUUCUUGCCAAGAUUCGCUGGAAGUACAUGAUUGUUGAUGAAGGUCACAGAAUGAAGAAUCACCACUGUAAGCUAACCCAAGUCCUCAACACACACUACGUAGCUCCGCGUCGUUUGCUGCUGACAGGAACUCCACUACAGAAUAAGCUGCCAGAGCUGUGGGCUCUACUCAAUUUCCUCCUUCCCACCAUCUUCAAGAGCUGUAGCACAUUUGAGCAGUGGUUUAAUGCUCCAUUUGCCAUGACUGGAGAGAAGGUGGAUUUGAAUGAAGAAGAAACUAUUCUGAUUAUCCGUCGUUUGCACAAAGUGCUGCGUCCCUUCCUGCUAAGGCGGUUAAAGAAGGAGGUGGAAGCACAGCUGCCUGAAAAGGUGGAGUAUGUGAUCAAGUGUGACAUGUCAGCAUUACAGAGGGUGCUGUAUAGACACAUGCAGGCCAAGGGAGUGCUGCUCACUGAUGGCUCGGAGAAGGAUAAAAAGGGCAAAGGUGGUACAAAAACCCUGAUGAACACCAUCAUGCAGCUGAGGAAGAUCUGUAACCAUCCGUACAUGUUUCAGCACAUAGAGGAAUCCUUUUCAGAGCACUUAGGUUUCACUGGAGGUAUUGUACAGGGACUAGACCUGUACCGAGCAUCUGGCAAAUUUGAGCUCCUAGACAGGAUUCUUCCCAAACUACGAGCCACCAACCACAAGGUGCUGCUGUUCUGUCAGAUGACCUCACUCAUGACCAUCAUGGAAGACUACUUUGCAUACCGUGGCUUCAAAUACCUCAGGCUGGAUGGAACCACUAAAGCUGAAGACCGUGGCAUGUUGCUGAAGACCUUCAAUGAGCCAGGCUCGGAAUAUUUCAUUUUCCUGCUGAGCACUCGGGCCGGAGGGCUGGGACUGAACUUACAGUCUGCAGAUACUGUGAUUAUUUUUGACAGUGACUGGAAUCCGCACCAGGAUUUGCAGGCACAGGACCGAGCGCACCGUAUCGGGCAGCAGAAUGAGGUGCGCGUGCUCCGCCUCUGCACCGUGAACAGCGUGGAGGAGAAGAUCCUGGCUGCAGCCAAGUACAAGCUGAAUGUUGAUCAGAAGGUCAUCCAGGCUGGCAUGUUUGACCAGAAAUCCUCCAGCCAUGAGCGGAGAGCUUUCCUCCAGGCUAUCCUAGAGCACGAGGAGCAGGAUGAGAACAGAUACAGCACGGGCAGCGGCAGUGGCAGUGCAAGCUUCCCCCACACUGCCUCAACCCUGUGCCUGAACCCUGACUUGGAGGAACCACCUCUAAAGGAAGAAGAUGAAGUUCCCGACGAUGAAACAGUCAACCAGAUGAUUGCCCGUCAUGAGGAGGAAUUUGACCUUUUUAUGCGCAUGGACCUGGACCGCAGGCGGGAGGAGGCACGUAACCCAAAGCGAAAGCCACGUCUAAUGGAAGAGGAUGAGCUGCCAUCCUGGAUUAUUAAGGAUGAUGCUGAAGUGGAGAGGCUCACGUGUGAGGAGGAGGAGGAGAAGAUGUUUGGGCGAGGGUCACGUCACCGUAAGGAGGUGGACUACAGUGACUCGCUUACCGAGAAGCAGUGGCUCAAGGUAUACAUGGCUAUAGAGGAGGGCACGCUGGAGGAGAUCGAGGAGGAGGUUCGUCAGAAGAAAUCUUCCCGCAAACGCAAGCGAGAUGUUGACGUUGGCUCUGCCACCCCGACUACCAGCACCCGGAGCCGGGACAAAGACGAUGAUAGCAAAAAGCAGAAAAAGCGCGGCAGGCCUCCCGCCGAAAAGCUCUCCCCAAACCCCCCCAACCUCACCAAAAAAAUGAAGAAGAUCGUGGAUGCUGUGAUUAAAUAUAAGGACAGUAGUAGUGGACGCCAGCUUAGCGAAGUCUUCAUCCAGCUGCCUUCUCGCAAGGAGCUCCCGGAGUACUACGAGCUCAUCCGCAAGCCAGUGGAUUUCAAAAAAAUAAAGGAACGCAUCCGCAACCACAAGUACCGCAGCCUGAAUGACCUGGAGAAGGAUGUCAUGCUGCUGUGUCAGAACGCACAAACCUUUAAUCUGGAAGGCUCUCUGAUCUACGAAGACUCGAUAGUGCUGCAGUCUGUCUUCACCAGCGUGAGGCAGAAAAUUGAGAAAGAGGAAGACAGUGAAGGUGAGGAGAGUGAGGAGGAGGAGGAAGGAGAAGAGGAAGGAUCUGAAUCCGAGUCUCGCUCCGUCAAGGUGAAGAUCAAGCUGGGCAGAAAGGAGAAAGCACAAGACCGGCUAAAGGGUCGCAGGCGCACCAGCCGCGGCUCCCGGGCCAAGCCAGUGGUUAGUGACGACGAUAGUGAAGAGGAGCAGGAAGAGGAUCGCUCGGGAAGUGGCACCGAAGAUGAUUAAGCAACAUUCCAUGGCCCAGACCACCAGAGCCGACCUUUCCAAAGCGGACGUGCUGCAUCCCUUUAGCUCUAACGGGUAGCAACAAAUGUAGUAUCAGACUUCAGUAAACUGUAUAAAACUCUUCCAUAUUUAUACUGCAGAGAAGAUGUAGGACUGUUUGUGUCUUGCCUUGUCCUGACAUCAGUAGCGUUUGUUACAGCAUUAACUGUUUAAGAGAAUUAUGAAUCGGGGAACACGUGAUAUCUAUUUUUUCUUUUUAUGGCAGUACUGUUUCAGUUGCAGUAUUGAAUCACUGUAGUUUUAAACUGUGGAUGCAUGUGUGUAGCAGUCCACUCCUAGUACUGUAGUUUAUUAAACCGGUCAGACCGCCAGCUGCCCGCUAGUUGACAAGGGUGGCGGCGGUGACUGUGUGUGUCAAUGUCACUGGAUUUCAAACAGUAAUAAAUUAAACAGAAUGUUA